AUGUCUACUCUACGGAACACAACCAUCACCACCCAGCUCAGCACCAGGGAUAUACCGUACGGGUAUUCAGGAGUCAUCCCUGUUCGUAGUUUCAAUCCGACAUCUCUCACCCACGAAUUCGGCCAGAUUUUCAACGCCUAUCAGUCCCGGAAUGACAUACGGUUGAACGCAACCGGGUGCCGAGGAGUUUGUGCCACACGCGUGGUUGCGUCUGGCUUCGACGAGCGUUGUACAGAAGGCACCACGCCUUAUAACUUGACUUUCCAAGUCAAUCCUGGCGGCGGCGGCUUUACGAGCACUGAGGAGAAUAUUGGCAGCAUUAUCUUUUCAAGAGAAACAGCAGCAGAAUUUAACGCCAGUGUCAAGUACAAGGAUGACUCUGCUUGCAUUGGCGUCCUCCACACGGUCGACUGUAGCUUCCGCCUAGCCACAGUCUCGUAUCCCAUCACCAUCGCGAACAACACCGCUAGCCUCCGUCCAGGCGGCGCCAACGACAGCCUAUCUAUCAGCCCAGUGAGAUAUGAAGGCGGCUCAAUUGCCGAUCAAUUUUCGACAGCUGGCGGCUUUUACCUCGUCGCGGACCAGCUAUUCGGCAGCAAUAUCACUCUACAAGCACGCCUCCCCUACUGGUCGGUCCAGGGAAACGGCUCUAUGCGCUACACGUACCAGACCAACGGCAUGUACAACAACUGCAGUAUCACCUACUCCAACCCCAUGCCCGACAUCCGCAGCGCCCUCCGCGAGCUUAUCUUCCGCGCAUCCAUCGGCCUUUCCAACAGCUCGACCCUUCAGACCACGCCCGGGACCGAGGAAGUCGGCCGCGUCAUCUACCGGCUGAACCCGUACUACCUGCUCGCUAGUUUGUGUGUUAUGCUCAUCAAUGUCCUCGCCGUGCUGCCGCUGUAUUUUGGCUGGUGGCAACUUGGCCGUGUGGUCUCGAUGAGCCCUUUGGAGACGGCCAAGGCAUUCAGGAGCCCGCUGAUGGCGGAAGCGGGGAGCAAUCAAGAACUGGGCGGGUUGGUGGGCGCGGUAGGGGAAAAGAAGGUGCGGUACGGCGCCGUCGUAGCGCAGGGCGGCGCUCUGGAGCAGAGUGACUGCCAGGGCGAUGAUGCACAGAGGUUCUCUGCGGAAGGCGGCGAGGCUGUAGUACAGCAUAUUGUCGAUCAUCAAGAGCGUGGAGCGCGCAGAUCUUCCGGGGCAGAGGCAAUUCCGCUCAAAGCGUUUGAAGAGGACGAGUCGGUUGGUGGAGUAUUCAAGAGAGCCAACAACAUGGAAAAUCCGAGCCCUAUAACCGCCACGAUUAAGAACGAACAUGCACUUCAGCUCGCUUCAUCGAAAGGAGAUGAGAACCUUGUUCAAACGAUAAUCAACAAAGACGCCUCCUCCAUCAAUGCACAGGGAGGCUUCUACGGCUGUGCGCUUGUCGCUGCGUCAUACGAAGGCCACGAAAAGGUAGUUGAGAUACUACUCGCCGCCGGCGCCGACAUGAAUGAGCAAGGCCACUUCGGGGACUCCAUCCAGGCUGUAGUAGCUACCAGCUUCGGACCGUACGAGAAGGAUAUCGAAGAGCUAUUUGUGAACUGGGCCAAGGACAAUCCUCACGCCAGACACAACGGCAAUGCACUCCAGGCCGCUUCAUUCGCAGGACAUGAGAAGGUGGUGCAGGUGCUACUCGACAAGGGUGGGGAUAUCAACGCGCGUGGCGGAGACCACGGUACUGCUCUUCAGGCGGCUAUAGCCGGAGGACAGGAGAGAGUAGCCAAGAUUCUGCUUGACAGAGGCGCCGAUGUCAAUGCUCAGGGCGGCGUAUAUGGUAAUGCUCUUCAGGCUGCUUCAUUCGAGGGCCGUAGGCGGAUGGUUAAGAUGUUGCUCAAGAUGGGUGCAGACGUCAAUGCUCAAGGUGGUAUUUACGGCAAUGCUCUUGUUGCUGCGUCAUGUCCAGGCCAUGAGAGCGUACUUCAGAUGCUACUUGCCAAAGGCACGGAUGUUGACGCCCAUGGCGGCUAUCAUGGAAAUGCUCUCCAAGUUGCAUCAGCGGAAGGGCACGACAACGUAGUCCAGAUGCUACUCGAUAAAGGAGCGGAUCCCAAUGUCCAAGGCGGAGAGUACGGAAAUGCUCUUCAGGCCGCCUCAUGGCAGGAGCACGAGAGGGUGGUCAAGAUGCUGCUUGAAAGUGGCGCAGAUAUCAACGCACAAGGCGGAAAGUUUGGGAAUGCUCUCCAAGCCGCAUGUUACAGAGGACACGAUACCGUGGUUCGGAUACUGCUGGAGAACGGAGCCGACGCCAGCGCUUUUGGACACUGCGGCAAUGCUGUUCGUGCUGCUUUAGCCGGAGGGCACCAGAAUCUGGUUGAAAUGCUGUCUGAUCACGGCGUCUAA